CUGGGCUCAACCAACCCUCCCACCUCAGGCUUCUGAGCAGCUGAGACUAUAGGAAUGUGCCGCAGUGCCAGGCUAGUUUCUUAAUUUUCUAUUUUGACAGGUACACAUUUUGUAUUCAAUCCUACCUCAGACACAUCUGUGGUGUGAAAAGGAUGUCAUUUAAUCAAUAUAUAAAUUCUAAGCAAAUAGGUCUGGUCCCCAAAUUAGGUUAGUCGCAGCUGCUGAGUUGUUGACCCAAGAGAAGUUCAUCUAGAUUUUUACAGUAUUUUCAAGUUCCUCUUCUCAGUUCAUCCUUCUUCCAAACCGUGCCCUCCCCUCCCACCCUCUUCCCACAGCCUCCCCUCCCCGCAGCCUCCUCCCACCAUUCCAAAUCUGGGCUGUUCUCUCAAUUUCCUUCUCUCUGGCCUCAAACCUACCCUAGCCCCCAGCCUCAGUUUGGGGUUAAACUUGUCCCCCUCACAUUCUCUCCCACGCGACUUGAUGUCACCUCUGUGUCGUCACCACAGCACUUUCCUCUUCUGGGUUCUCCUUUGCAGAGUGGCGUCAGCUCCCCCAUGAGCCCCAGCACCAAUCACUUCCGGCUGCUUGCAAAUCCCUUUGCUUUCCUCCAUGUUGACACCCGGGGCAGCCCUAUGCUCGCUGCUGCUGAGGCCCCACCUCUGCCCCUGGCCUUUUCCCAACUGACAUCACCCUGUAGCUUCCAUUUUCCUGGAAUUCUCUUUUGAGGCCUCAGUCUUUAGACAAAGCACACAGUGUCCCUCAAAAAUGACAAUAAAAACCCAAACACUGUGACUCUCACGGCAGCUUCCUGGUCCCCAUAUCGAAUCAGCGGGUGGGUUUCUGUAAACACUGGUGAGAGGCCACCUCAGAGGAUCAGGACCCUCAGGUCUGGACUCGUGGUCACCAUGAACAUUCCUCUCUGCUGACGGUAGCUGGUACCUGUCACCUACUCAGAGUGUCACAUGCCGCAAGCCAGAGGGUCUUGGCAGGUCUCAGCACCUUGACAUCACUUCCUUGCUAUCACUCAGAGCAGCAGUGACACAGUUCCCUUAUCUCAGGCGGCCAGAAGACGACUGUCAAAGGUCACAGGGAAAUCAAAGGCGGGGUACAGGGCCAGAGGGAGGAGGGAACUACUUCCCGGUUGCUCUCAGACGCUUCGGAGAUCCUCUGGAGGCCUGGGGGAGCUUUAGAGUUCUUUAUUUCAGUAGGUCCCUGAGCUCUGUGAGUGGCGGGGGUAGAGCCACCAGGGGAAUCCGCAGUGGUUUCUCGUGCCCCUCAGGGUCAGGAGCAGUCUGAUCAAAAGGAGGCCAUCCACUGUCUGGGGCCAUUCCCACAGCUCCCGGAUGCUGGGUCUGGAGGCUUCGCCCUUCCCCGCCAGGAGCUCGGCCCAGUGGGCAGCCUGAAUAUGGCCAAUUACACGCUGGCACCAGAGGAUGAAUAUGAUGUCCUCAUAGAAGGUGAACUGGAGAGCGACGAGGCAGAGCAAUGUGACAAGUAUGAUGCCUGGGCACUCUCAGCCCAGCUGGUGCCGUCGCUCUGCUCUGCUGUGUUCGUGGUCGGUGUCCUGGACAAUCUCCUGGUUGUGCUUAUCCUGGUAAAAUAUAAAGGACUCAAACGCGUGGAAAAUAUCUAUCUUCUAAACUUGGCAGUUUCUAACUUGUGUUUCUUGCUUACCCUGCCCUUCUGGGCUCACGCUGGUGGCGAUCCCAUGUGUAAAAUUCUCAUUGGACUGUACUUUGUGGGCCUGUACAGUGAGACAUUUUUCAAUUGCCUUCUGACCGUGCAAAGGUACCUAGUGUUUUUGCACAAGGGAAACUUUUUCUCAGUCAGGAGGAGGGUGCCCUGUGGCAUCGUCACAAGUGCCGUGGCGUGGGUAACAGCCAUUCUGGCCACUGUGCCCGAAUUUGCCGUUUAUAAACCUCAGAUGGGAGACCCGAAAUACAAGUGUGCAUUUAGCAGAACUCCCUUCCUGCCAGCUGAUGAGACAUUCUGGAAGCAUUUUCUGACUUUAAAAAUGAACGUUUCGGUUCUUGUCUUUCCCCUAUUUAUUUUUACAUUUCUCUAUGUGCAAAUGAGAAAAACACUAAGGUUCGGGGAGCAGAGGUAUAGCCUUUUCAAGCUUGUUUUUGCCAUAAUGGUAGUCUUCCUUCUGAUGUGGGCGCCCUACAAUAUCGCACUUUUCCUGUCCACUUUCAAAGAACAUUUCUCCCUGAGUGACUGCAAGAGCAACUACAACCUCGACAAAAGUGUUCUCAUCACUAAACUCAUCGCCACCACCCACUGCUGCGUCAACCCUCUCCUGUAUGUCUUUCUUGAUGGGACAUUUAGGAAAUACCUCUGCCGUUUUUUCCAUCGGCGUAGUAACACCCUACAUCAACCCAGGCGGCAGUUUGCACAAGGCACAUCGAGGGAAGAACCUGACCGUUCCACCGAAGUGUAAACUAGCAUCCACCAAAGGCAAGACGACUAAACAUGGAUUUUCAUCUUUUUGCAUUAUUUCACUUAAAUUUUUUACACACUUGUAUACAAAAUCGGAUACAGGAAGAAAAGGGAAAGGUGAGCUAACAUUUGCUAAGCAUUGAAUUUGUCUCAGGCACUGUGCAAGGCCCUUUACAAACGCGAGCUCCUUCGCCUCCUGCCACUUGUCUGUAGUGUGGAUGGGACUAGGCUCAUUUCUCUGAGAAGAAAACUGAGGCUCGGAAAUUUGUCUAAGAUCACACAAGUAGGAAGUGGCAGAACUGAUUCUCCAGCCCUGGUAGCGUUUGCUCAGAGCCUACGCUUGGUCCAGAACGUCAAACUCCAAACCCUGGGGACAAACUGCAUGAAAUAAAUGUAUUUUAAAACGUCUAUUUAAUGUAUUUUAAAAUAAUUCAUAAGUUGCUUUUAAAACCAAUUUAACUACAUUCCGAAUUAUAAGCAGCACAUUUAUAUGGGAGUAAUUUUUCAGGUGCAUUUUCUCGCAGUUGAUGAGAAGAACCAGCUAGCUGGAAGCUGUGGAAAAAAAGAGGUAAGGUAACUUGUUCUGAGGAAGUUCUCUAAAUUCUCUUGGUCACUCGCCACACCCCUAGGUCCCCAGCUUCCCCUAACCCAAGGUUUCUGAUAUUUUCUUGUACUUUAUCAAAACUAUGGAAUCUUAGGAGAUUUAACAAAAGCAAAUGAGAAAUUCUGUUUAGAAUGUCUAACAAAAUGAAUGUUUUGUCCUUUUAAGUAUAACACAUACCUCAGGCCUCACCAGCACAUAACUACAAAAUGUUGUCCCACUUCCUUUCUAUGGCUGAGUCAGUAGAACACAGGCUCCCACCGGCCACAUCAGCAGAAGGUCACCUCAACAUGUGAGCUACCUCCCCGGGGACCCCCCAGAUCUGUAAGGAUGAUGCAUCCUUGAUCCUAAAAACAUUUUCCUGUUCCUGGUGUUCAGAACUGGACUCCACACUCACUGGUCUCUUUAUAAUCUUGCUUCUGGUCCUUUGAGGCAUCAAAGCUACCAGCACCUUGCUGCCAGGGGACAAUGAUUGCUCACGGCUGAGUCCUGCAGACACAGGGCCUGGACUGGCUGCCUCCUCCUGCUGGCCCAGCAUCUUGCUUGCACUAAAGAGAACUGGAGGAUUGGCACUGAUACUUGCUGAAAACCUACCCAGGCCACCCACUACUGCUGCACUCCAGGGCAGCAGCCCACACUCCUCCCCUCCUGGCAUCAGGCACAUGUUCACAGCAUUGAAUCUUACAGGAAAGCAGUGGAACCCUGUCUCUCCU